AUGGAGAAACAUCAGGUCGUGCCGGAUGUAAUCCCGAAGGCUCCAGCCGAGGUAGCAAAGGUCACUUACGCAACCGGUGCUGUCGUCAAUGAGGGUAACGUGCUGACUCCGACUCAAGUAAAAGACAUCCCGAAGGUGGAAUGGAAUGCCGAUGGAUCUGUGUUCUAUACACUUUGCAUGACCGAUCCAGAUGCACCAAGCCGUAAGGAACCAACCUACCGUGAAUGGCAUCAUUGGCUGGUAGGUAACAUUCCCGGAGCUGAUGUGAACAAAGGAGAAACGCUAUCGGAGUAUGUAGGCUCGGGACCUCCGCAAGGAACUGGUUUGCAUCGUUAUGUUUUUCUGGUCUACAAGCAGGCUGGUAAACUGAGCUUCGAUGAACCAAGAUUGACCAACAGAAGUGGGGAUAAUCGUGGUGGAUUUUCUAUCAAAAAGUUUGCCGAUAAGUACAACUUGGGCAAUCCGGUUGCCGGCAAUUUCUAUCAAGCCGAAUGGGAUGAUUACGUUCCGAUUUUGUACAAACAGCUUGGAGCCUAA